AUGGCCCGAUUAACCCACAAGAUUCAGAAGCGUCCACCGCGCGUUGGCAAGAAGAAGUUGGCAGCACAGCAGAAAGCCGCCGCUGAUCGAGCUGCAAAGCUGGCUGCGUUUAAAGCCGCACAACUCCGAGGCGAUUUCGAUGAUGACGACGCAGAGGAGGAUAAAGAUAAUGACAUCGAAAUUUCCGAUGCUCCAGAUUACGACGGUAGCUGUGAUGAUGGUUCAAAUGCCGAAGAGCUUGAUCCUAAAGAUCCUGCAAGUCAAGGACUCGAUGCCCAGAAAGAUAAUAACCUCCCGCAAGACAACAACUUUACUACCCAUGGAUCCGUUCGCGAGGACGCGAAUCAGACGUCUGCUAUCUUAACUUCUGGUAAUCAAACUGAGGUCGCCAGUGAUGCCGAAGACAAUGAAGAUGAUGAGGAUAAUUUUAGCGUUGAUGAAGAGGACGAUGAAGAAAAUCUCAAUAUUACUGAAGAGGAAGAAGAUGCCAAUCCCAGCGUUGCUGAGGAAGAUUAUGAGAGUACGAUCAUGUCAGACGGCGAAGAUGAGGAUGAUGAAAAUGGUAGCGUUGCUGUAAAGGAAGAAGAAGAGAGUGAUGCUUCGACCCCCGGCACUCCUAAUGGAGAUGAUGAGAAUGAGAAAGCCAGCGUUGCUGAAGGACAAGAUGAAGACAAUGCGAUCAUCAUUUUAGAUGACGAAAAUGAUGAUGAUUACAACGUUACCGUUGCUGAAGAGGAAGAUGAUGACAUGGUCAGCGUUUCUGAAGAUGAUUAUGAGAAGACUGCGAUUAAUGACGAUGACGACAAUAUUGGCGAUGUUGAAGAAGAGGAAGAGAGUUAUGCCUCGCCUCCCAGCCUUCCUCAUAUUGAACCUCUUGUGUCUUCGGAUGCGCCUAGUUCUCCACACGGCAGCGUCUCUGCCGAGAAUCCGCAUACCCCAAGUGCACCACACCGCAGUAUCUCUCCCCAGCAUCCGCCUGCUGCAGAUUCACCACACCGCAGUGUCUCUCCCGAGCAUCCCUUUGCCACACGUUUUCCACGCCGAAGCGCGUCUCCAGAGGAUCUGUCCGUGGCCCGCCUGCUCAAUUCACCCCAAUCCUCAAUCCCACCAUCUCAAGCUUCCGAGUUCGCCGCCGCGCCGGCCAAAUAUCCCGAAUCUGCACCAGGAGCGGAUAAUUCCGGGGAUGAGGAAGAAUCUGUGGUCCCGACCCCUGCCGCCCCCUUAAACACCCGUUCCCGCGAGGUACGCUCAGCGAGGCCUGAGAGAAGGAUCUCCGCCGCGAGCCAGGCGGAAGUUAAUGCCUCGUACGAGCAAUCGUACCUCUGGUAUUAUCUUCCGCCUGUCGCUCAAGGCAAGCCGGCCGCGCGCGGUGCAGAAUCCCCCCGCGGAAAGACGUGGGAGGGCCCGGAGCGACAGCUCCGGAAGAAGCGUGGGGACUCCACAGACAAAGUGGGAAAGACGCGAAAGGCCUACCAGAAGCCUUCGGCUCCAAGAGCCACGCGAUCCGCCAAGAAGGCGGCAGCUCCCAGUGACUAA